AUGAAGAAUGAUGCAUCCUACUUUAUGCUAGUGCUAGCUCUGGUUCCUCUUGUGUACAUUAUUCGGUUCUACUACCUAGCUUCCUCUCGUUGUCACAACCGUGGCCUGCAGCUCCCUCCAGGGCCAUGGCAGCUACCUGUCUUCGGCAGUCUCCACCAUCUUUUUGGCGCACUCCCACACCGUGCAUUACGAGACCUAUCAAGGCGACACGGCCCUCUCAUGCUCCUCAUGUUCGGCGCGAACCGUCCGGUCAUCGUCGUUUCCACCGCCGAGGCUGCCAAGGAGAUGAUGAAGACGCACGACACCACCUUCUGCGCGAGGCCACUGACCUCAGCUCUCAAGGCCAUUAGCAAGCAUGGCCUGGGCAUCGUCUUUGCCCCGUACGGUGACCACUGGCGGCAGAUGCGCAAGAUCUGUUUCCUCGAGCUGCUGAGUGCCAAGCGCAUCGCCUCGUUCGGCUCCAUCAGGGGAGAGGAGACGGAUAGAUUCAUCCGGUCCAUCUCGGCUACGCUAGAGCCGGUCGUGAAUCUGAGCGAGAUGCUGGCGGCGUACCUGACAGACACGACGGUGCACAUGAUCAUGGGUGGACAGUUCACGGAGCAGGACACCUUGCUCCGACACGUUGAUGAGGCGGUAGGGAUUGUAAGCGGUGUCGCCCUGCCCGACCUGUUCCCGUCGUCGAGGCUGGCGUGCGCUCUGAGCACCACACUGCACAGAGCCGAGGUGUUCCGAGAGGCCUUUUUAGCGUUGAUGGGCCAUGCCAUAGAUGAUCAUCUGGAGAGCAGGAGGAGCGCUUCUUCCUCUGAACAAGUAGACCAGGAAGACAUCAUCGAUGUGCUCUUGAGGGUGCAGGGAGAAGGAAACCUUGAGCCACCCCUCACCAUGAACAACAUCAAAGCAGUUGUCUUCGACCUUCUUGCAGGGGGGACAGAGACAACAUCGACAACGCUACAGUGGGCCAUGGCAGAGCUGAUGCGAAACCCAAGCAUCAUGUCGAGGGCGCAAGAUGAGGUCAGGGGAGCCUUCAUGGGACAAAACAAGGUUACUGAAGAGGGUCUAGGUGAGCUGAGCUACUUGCAAUGCAUCAUCAAGGAGACCUUGCGGCUGCACCCUCCUGGGCCAUUAGUGCCAAGGGAGUGCAGAGAGGACUGCAGAAUACUCGGCUACGACGUGCCCAAAGGCACCACCAUUCUCGUCAAUGUUUGGGCCAUCUCUAGAGACCCAGAAUGCUGGGAUGAGCCCGAAGAAUUCGUGCCUGAGAGGUUUGUGGCAAGUGCCAGAGAUUUCAAAGGCAACAGCUUUGAGUUCAUACCAUUCGGCGCUGGUCGUCGGAUUUGCCCCGGGAUGCUAUUUGGGCUCGCUACUAUUGAGCUAGCUCUUGCAAGCCUUCUAUUUCAUUUUGAUUGGAGUCUCCCGGAUGGCACUCUUCCUAGUGAACUGGACAUGACAGAAACCAUGGGAGUGGCGGCUAGGAAGAAGGUGCCUCUGUGGUUGCGUCCAACUCCCCAUGUAUAUUUGCCUUGCUGA